AUGACGCAGCAGGAUGGCAUGCAGCUGCGAGGUGGGGGCCAGUUCUCCGCCCGGCCACACCUCCUCACCCUCGACGGCCAGACCGUGCUCGUCUGCCACGGCAACUUCGUGCGAGCGCACAGCGCGGUCACCGGGGAGCCACUCUACCGCCUCACAGGUCACACCGCCGAGGUCACUGCUGUUCUAGCCGAUCCAGACAAUGCCAAGAGGGUGUACACCUCCUCUCUGGACGGCACGCUGCGGCACUGGGACCUCCGCAGCGGCCUGGCCCUGCGCACCUGGCGCGUCCCGGAGCCCGUGGAGAGCUUUGCACUGGGCCCGCCGGGCCACGCCUGGCUUUCCUGCCCGGUCAACGACGCCUCCGGCCGCCUCUUCCGCUACGACCUGACCACCGGCACCCCUGGGCCCCUGCGCCGCAAGAUCGCGAGCGGCAGCCCCCUGUCGAUGGGCUCGCGCGGCGGCCUGGUGGCCACCUUCGAGCGGCACACGGUGCUGGUGUGGGGCCCCAAGCACGGCCCCCGCGGCGCGCUGUCCCUGUUCCACACCAAGCCUUUCACCUGCGUGGCGCUGAGCCCCGAUGACGACACGCUGGCGGCGGGCGACCGGUCGGGGCGCAUCCUGGCGGUGGGUGCGCUGGCCUUCAGCGCCGACGGCACCUACCUCUUCUCCGGCGGGCGCGAGGCGGUGCUGGUGGUCUGGGACUUUGCCUCCGCGCGGCGCACCUACCUGCCGCGCCUGGGCGGCGCGCUGGUCGGCAUCUGCGCCUGCCCCGCCGACGCGGCGCGCCUGGCACUGCGCCAGGCGGACAACACGCUGCGCGUGGUCAACGUGGCCACCAUGAAGGUGGAGGCCUCGGUGAUGGGCCUGCGCCCUGUGCCGGCAGGAAAACGCGCCCGUGCCCCCGCCCUGCUCCAGCCAGGGACGGGGCACCUGGUGGUGGCGGGCAGCCACUCCCAGGUCCAGUUCUACGACCUGGUUCGGGACGCGCACGUCGACCGGCUGCAGCUGUCGCCCCACAACCUGGGCGGCGCGGAGGCUGGGACGGGCCCCGAGCCGCCCCCGCCGCGUGUGACGCACCUGGCCUUCUCCGCCGACGGCUCGACGCUGGCCAGCGUGGAGGCCCGGCCCGACGCGGCGGCCGGCUCCGCGCCUCGCCUGGUCCCCACGCUCAAGUUCUGGGGCCGGGCGGCCGCCCGCGGCGCCGGCGCGGGGUACGUGCUGGGCACGCGCGCCGACGACCCGCACCGCGGCGACGUCUCCGCCCUCGCCUUCCACCCGGCGCGCGACGCGGCGGCCAGCGCCAGCCUCGGCGCCGCCGAGUUCAAGCUCUGGGUGCGCGAUGGGUCCGCGCCGAGGUCCGCCGGUCCCGAGGCGUCCAGGGCCGCGGCCGCCGCCGUCGCCGGUCCGUGGCGCUGCGCGGCGGUGGGCUCCUACGCGUUGCAGCCCAUCUCGGCGCUGGCCUACUCGCCCGACGGCUCGCUGCUGGUGGCGGCCGCGGGGGCCACGCUGACGCUGUGGCACGCUGGGCAGGCGCGGCUGCUGGGGCUGGUGCCGCCGCCGCUGCCGCGCCAGGUCAACGCCCGACCGCCGCCCGCGCGGCAGGUGGCGGUGCUGUCACACGCAGCGCUGGCGGUGAGCGCGCUGGACGGCGGCCUGGCGGUCAGCUGCCUGCUCUCGCGCCGCGUGCUCUGGGCCGCGGGCCUACCCGUGCUCGGCCUGGCCGCCGACCGGGGUCGAGUCACGGCCGGCGCGGGCGCGGGAGUGGCCGUGGCAGCGACCAUGACCGGCCCCGUCGCCGCGGCGGAUGUGGACGGGGACCCGGUUCAAUCACCGGCGCAGGGUUUGUCGGCCAUGUUUGCGCCGGAGGCGGCGGGACAGGCGGGGGACAAAAGCCUCGCGCAGGGCACCCCGCUGGGCUCUGCCGCGCCCUGGGCCACCCUCCUGGACGCACCCUCGCACGUGCUGCCGUCUCUGGACGCGCUGUGCCCCGCCUUCCUCAAGCUCCUGCUGCCGGAAGGAGAGGUCGUGUGA